AUGAAAUUUUCCAACCUUUUUCUUACCUUGACUUCAGCCUUAUUGAUUUCCAAUGUGAAUGCUGCCUCCUCCAAUAAGAGAGAUGAUGAUGAUGAUGAUGACGUUGUGGUAGUCCAUAUACAGUCUACUGUGCAAAAUGUUGAAACAGAAAUUGAAACAGUUCAAGGGACUAUGUCCACUUCAACCAACGUCAAUUAUGACACCACUACAACCACUGUAACACAUUACACUGCUACUGUCACAUUGACAGUGUUGGGAACUCCAGUGACAUAUACCACUGUUGCAACUACUCCAAUAGGAACUACCACGGCUUCGACUUCAUCUUCAUCUACUUCCACAUCACCAACUACUACCAAGAAGGCCGCCACGACCACAGCUACAGCAGCCACGAGUACACCAACCACACUGCCUAAGCAAACCACUUCCACUUCCACUUCCACUUCCAAAGCAGGAACGAGCUCAUCGGUUUCGAUUGGCUCACCUGCUGCAACUACUCAAACUAUUUUGGUUGCCGAAUCCACUACAAGCUUAGCUUCCUCAGUAACUGAGACUGAUAGCGAUGGUCCAACUAUAACCAACGCAUCGUCAAUAGCAUCGUCUACUGACUCAUGGAUAAUAGAAGAUGUCACCACUACUACUUCAGAUGGAGUAUGCAUAGUGAAUUACGACUACUAUUAUGAAACCGAUUCGGUUGAAACCGUGACGCUGACCUCCACUGUUUAUACAACCGUCACUUUGAGUUAA